CAGAGCGAGGUCUGCGACGUUUUCUAUUGGUAGCGUUUCAACGGGGAAGGGCAUAAAUGGCGGAUUCAAACACAAACAUUUAGCUACAUUUGAGAACUGCGUGUCUCUGCUCUUUUGGUACAUUUUCCAACAAACGCCGCACUUGCUAACAUAGGAUUCGUUUGUGUCUUGUCUCAGUGAGGGGGAGAGAGCGAGGUAUGAGUGUGAGAGAGGAACAGGACCCAGAAUCCAGGUAAGGGAAGAAAAAUGAGAAGAUCAUCUGCGUGUUUCAAGAUAAUCACUUGCGGCAGCGAUUCAGCUGAGAAAGACAAAGAUGAUCUCGACGUCUCUGAGAGCAAAGGCUUCGGUGAUAAGCGUGGAUGGAGCUUUCGAAAAAGAUCUGCCCGGCAUCAAGUGCUAAGCAACAACGUGAUCUCAGAAACCCUUUCUUCUGGAAACAAGGACAGCGCACAAUCUGCUGAUUUUAGUUUCCAGCCAGCAGAUACCUCUACCAUUGAAGAGAAAAUAUCUGUGAUCCAAUGCACGGAUGAGAAACCUCAGUUGCCAGUGUUAGUGAAUACGAAAGGCACAGAGAUGAUUGCUCCAGCCAACAAUGGAAUUGAAGUCGAGGUCCAAGUGGAGGAAUCUGUUGUUAUUGUUAUACAGGCUGCUAUCAGAGGGAUUUUGGCUCAAAGAGAACUCCUAAAGCUUAAGAAUGUAGUGAAGGUGCAAGCUGCUGUACGUGGGCAUCUGGUUCGAAGGCAUGCUGUGGGAACACUGCGCUGUGUUCAAGCCAUUGUGAAAAUGCAAGCUCUUGUUCGGGCUCGUUUGUCUCUAGGAGGAUCUGAGAGUAAAGUGGAUGAGAAGCAUCCAAAAGAUUGCAAUGGCUUAAAGACCCAGGAGGAAAACUUGGGGAAAAAACCAAGUGUGAAAUAUGUAUCCAUUGAGAAGCUGCUUAGCAAUAAGUUUGCUCGUCAGCUAAUGGAAUUGACUCCUAAGUCCAAGUCCAAGCCUAUACUCAUUGAGUGUGAUCCUGCAAAAGCAAAUUCUGCUUGGAAUUGGUUGGAAAGGUGGAUGUCUGUUGCAUCGCUAGCACAAACACCAACAUCAAACUCAGAGAUAACUACUGAGCAAGCGGAGACAGAGAAGAAAGGAAAAUAUUCAUCUUCGUUGGAAACUGAAACUCCACUGGAAGGUUUUCUUGAGUUAGUAGAUACAAAUACCAGUGUUAUAGAAUCUGCUGUACCAUCAUCUGAGACUGAAGAGAAUCAUUUCACCUAUGGGGCAGACAACAUCAAACAGGUUUGUAAUCCCACUGAGUGUAUUGAAGAUAGUUUGGAGCAUCCUCUUCCUGAGAAGACGUCAACAUCUGAGGCCGAGGUCUCCAUGGCAAACGAUAAUUCUUUUAGAGAUCGCACUAUGCCAUCUGACGCAAACUUUCAGUCGGAGCUCAAUUCUCGUCAUAGUAAGACAGCAAUAGAAAUUGAACAACCAAAACGUUCCACAAAACGGAAUGCCUCUGAACAACUUGAGCCUGAAGGAAAGAAGUUUGUAACUGGAUCAAGAAAGGGAAGCAAUUCUGCAUUUGUUGACGUGCAGUCCAAAUUUGAAGAGUUGCGUUCAGCACCCGAUUUGGGCACAUCUAUAAGUUCAUCCUAUAAAGAUGUUGGAGUUGAAUCAAGAGUGGACACAGUUUUGUCCGGUGAAGAUACUGUGACUUGGACAAAGAAGCCAAUAGUGGAGGAAAAUUCAGGUGUUCAUAAUUCAAGGGUACAAUAUGGUGGAUCUGAAUGUGGCACAGAACUUUCUAUUUCUUAUACUCUUGAUUCACCUGAAAGAUCAGAAGUUGGAGCUGUAGAAUGUGAAAAUGAAGCUGGAGUUUCAGUGGAAGAAACUUGCAAACUCCAUAGCAGCAUAAGCAAUCUAGAUGGGAAAGCCAACGACACAUCCGUGUUUUCGGUGUCUAAUUUGUCUCAGCGGGCUGAUAAUCCAGAGAAGGUUGAUGAUCCUAAAGGUGAAUCAUUCAAUUUAAGUGGUGAAGCAUUCGAUUUAAGUGUGGCUGCAGCCCAACCACUGGUGGAGCAGAAGCCAGAAAGAAGUGUUUCUGUCUUUCGGGAAGAGCUGAACUCAGAGAAAGGUUGUCAAGCAUAUGUAUCAUCUCCAGAAGCUUCUCCCAGAAGCCAUAUGACUGUCCCCGAAUCACAAGGGACGCCUUCUAGUCAGGUAGAUGUGAAAGCUAAAAGGAAUAGAUCUGACAGGAGUGGCUCCAGCCAGAAGAGCAAAGUGGGUAAGAGAUCUCCAUUAAAUGCAAAUCAUGUCUCCGGUGCUAGAAAUGGUGUGGAACAGUUGCCCAAGGAUCAGAAGAAUGGGAAAAGACGCAAUUCAUUUGGUACAACAAAAUCUGAUCAUAUUGAUCAAGAACCAAGGGACAGUAGUAGUAACAAUAACUCUCUUCCUCGUUUCAUGCAAGCCACGGAAUCUGCAAGAGCCAAGCUCAAUGCUAACAACUCUCCAAGAUCAAGUCCAGAUGUGCAUGAUAGGGAUUACAUCAAGAAGAGACAUUCCUUACCUGGUGCAAGUGAAAGACAGGGUUCUCCUUUUGUUCAGCGGUCAACUUCUCAAGCACAGGCGGGUGCAAAAGGAAAUGAGAGAAAAUGGCAGAGGUGAAGAGAUAUUUAUACAAGCUCAAAUUGAAACAAUCGGAGGUGGAAUUGGAUUGGUCAUGUGGAAAUUGACAGUGCAUUUUGGAUUGCUGGAAGUAUCAGUCUUUUCGCACUCGGAUGGUGAUGCUCUAUUUGAUAUAUGCAUGGAUUCAGCAUUUGGCAGGGGGAUUAUAUAUUUGUGUAUAAAACCAAAGAUAUCCAUAGCAACAAAGAAAUUCUAUUGUUUUCUUCCUGCUGAAGGGUUGAGUACUUGAGUUUGUUUGUUAGUUUGAGGGGAUGGUGUGUGAUGUUAUUAAGGAUUGUUGUUACUUGUUGUGGGUGGUUUUGUCUAAUGAAGGUUGAGAACUUUAUAUGUGAAGUGGAUAGCAUUCAGAAUGCUGUCACUUACUGGUUUGUGUAUUAAGUUGAGAAUUUUUGGUUGUUUCAUGGUCAUACUCUCGUUUAACUUCAUUUAACCACUAUGUAUUUUACAUUCAAUGAGGGUAAAUUUUGUGGUGUUGCCUCUUA